CAGGUGCUCCCGUGCAGGUGUUGUUUUUGACUCACAGCUUCACUGAGUUGUUGUUGUUGUUGUUGUUGUGUUGAUAUUUGUUUUUGGUUGACUGUGUGUGGCUGUCAUGGCUCAGAUAAAACCCUGUGAGCCCUCGGAGCUCUACAACCUGCUCAACAGGAGGGGCUCGAGGCUGGCGGAGAUCAACUACCUCUGUCUGAUGGAUGCUCGAGAAACCCAAGACUACAGAAUAAGUCACAUCAUAACAGCCAAGAAUGCCAAAACGGAUUCAGAGGGUUUGUUCCUGCUGCCCGAGGCGCUGGAGGUGGACAGCAUGCAGCAUGUGGUCGUCUACGACAGCAACACCAGCUCUCUACAGGAAGAAAGCCGGGCGGUGCUUUGUGCUCGGGUUCUGUCUGGAGUCUCUCUCUCUCCGGUGCUCGUGGUCAUCGGAGGCUUUCAGAGGUUCUCCGCUCUGUACCACUUCCUCAGGACGGAGAAAAUUAUGUACACCAUCACAGAGCUGGAGAACCUGAAGCAGUAUCCGGUGGAGAUCCUCUCAGGACUCCUGUACGUCGGGGAUGAGAAGCAGAGCGCAGACUGCAGCGUCCUCAGAGAGAUGAAGAUCAGCAUCAUCAUCGCCCUCUCUCAGGAAUCCUUGAAGGGAAAUCAGACCGUGGUAAACCUCCCAGUGGACGACUCAGUGGACUCUGACUUGUACUCCAGUUUUGAAAGAAUCUGUGAUCUAAUUGCCUCUCACAUCAGCUCGGGCUCUCGGGUGCUGAUCGUUUCUCCUCGGGGUCGAAGUCGCUGCAGCGCCGUCACCAUCGCCUUCCUCAUGCAGCACAAAAAAUACACACUGCAGGAGGCCUGGAGCUACGUGCUCAGACGUAAACCUGACAUGAGGCCAAACUCUGGGUUCCUGCAGCAGCUGUCGGACUGGGAGCUUCACUUAACGGGGGGGAAAGUGACGGAUAUCUCCAAACUGUGAUUAAACUAAGGAACAAAAGAAAAUGACACGGAUUUAAUGUUGUUUUGUACAUUUUAAAGGAUGACAUUAAAGGUACACAGGUUAUGAUUCUUAAACUACUUUCAGUAGGGUUAUUUUUAUUGAAUGUUUAUAUCUUUACUUAAGUAAAUGAUCUGAGAACUUCUCCCCUCUGCUCUUUUAUCACUAUCCAUUAAAAGAGCUUGUAAUGGCAGUGAGGAUCAAACGGAAAUAAGAAAACCUGCAGACACUGAGGUGUUCCCAGCGUUGUCUCUAAAAUAAAUGAAAUCCAAACAAUUCAAAGGUUUGAUUUA